GAGGGGAAGGCGGUCAUCUUCGGUUCCAUCUUGUGCCCCCUCCUCCCGCCCCCCCCCACCUCCCCCCCCUCUCCCCCUCCUCUUUCCCCACCUCCCAAGGAGAGGAUAGGAUAGAUCAGUGUUGCCGUCCGCCCAUAUCCAUUCCUUCGUGUCGUCCAUAGACCCGUCGGCGAACUUCCAUAGCCAUACAGUCUUUCGGCCAUGGCGGCAGCGACCAUGAGCUCCUCGUCCAUUGCGCGGCUUGCCGCUGCCGUUCGCAGCAGCAGCGCGGGCGCUGCACACGCGGAGGCCGGCGCGAGGGUGUCGUUGGCGCGCACCAACGCCAGCCGCCUCCGGCUUAAUGGCUUGGCGGCGUCUUCUUGCCCCGCUCUGCGCGGCGGAGAGCGGAUCGAGGUGCUGGCUGAGCUCCCGCAUGUGCGACAAGUUGCGCGGCUGGUCGCGCAGGCCCGCGCCGAAGGCUCUCAGCCGUCCUCCUCCUCCUUGCAUUCGGCUGUGAACGAAGCCGUGCGCGCCGUCGCCGGCGGUGAAGAGACCAUCAAGCGCUUGCGCCCGCUCGCGCUCGUCGCUGCCAAUGCCUUGAUGGCCUUCCCCGCCCUCGCUGAGGAGAAGGGCAAGAUCUUCGACUUCAACCUCACUCUCCCCAUCAUUGCCGUCCAGUUUCUUCUCCUCAUGGUUAUCCUGGACAACGUCUGGUUCAAACCCGUGUCCAAGAUCAUGGACGAGAGAGAUGAAUCAAUCCGGUCCAAGCUGGAGAGUGUCCGCGACAACUCCGGGGAAAUCAACAAGCUGAAGGAGGAGGCCAGUGCGGCGAUCAGGGAGGCAAGGAAAGAGACGGCGGCGGCGCUAGCGGCAAUGAAGAGGGAGACGCAAGCGGAGCUGGACGCCAAGCUGUCGGAGACAAGGAAGCGUGUGGAGAAGGAGCUCGCGGAGGCUAUGGAGGCGUUGCAGCAGCAGAAGGAUGCCACGUUGCAGGGUCUGCAGCCAACGGUGGACAAGCUGAGCGAAGAGAUAGUUAGCAAGAUUCUGCCAGUGACCGUGAAGGUCUGAAAAACCCUCCAGGCCCUGUAAGAAGUGGAACACGCCUCUGCUUCUUCCUUCUCCUCCUCCUCCUCCUCGUCCUCCUCCUCCUCCUCCUCCUCCUCCUCGUUUCCUGCAGUUGUGCAUUCUCCUGGGCCUGCAGCUAACGGUGGACAAGCUGAGCAAAGAGAGAGUGUCAUCAAGAUUCUGUCAAUGACUCGUCACGGUCUGAAAAGGCUUACUGUAACACACACAGCAACUUCUUCCUUGUCUUUCUCCACCUCCUCUUCCCCCCCCUCGUCCUCCUCCACCUCCUCCGCUUCCCCCUCCUCCUCCUCCUCCUCCUCCUCGUGUUCCUGCUGUUGAUCCUCCCUCCCUUCUCGUUCUCUUUUUUUAGACAAGUAUCAUCGAUGUGAGAAACAGCGGCUGGUUCCUGUCAAAGGCAGGAGACGGAGAGAGGAGAGGAGAGGAGUGGAGAGGAGAGGAGAGGAGAGGAGAGGAGAGGAAGGGAGGGAGGGAGGAAUUCGCUUCGCUCUGCAAUAUAGCCAGGGGAUGGUGGACUCCAAUUCCUAGGCUUCUGCGUUGGCGCGCAGUGCACUGAUGGGAGAAAGGACUCCUAACACCGCAGGUGACCAGACUUGUCCGGUGCAAUUGAAUCGAGAGAGAGAGAGAGAAGAGAGGAGGAUGAUAAAAACGGUUCCUUUGUGGAUGUUGACGUCAACUAAGAGAAAGGAAAGGAAGCAAGGUCAGGAAUGCGGCGAAAUGAACGGUCGGAUGGAUGGAUGGAUGGUGUCCUGACCUCUGAGUAGGCCGACGAAGAUGAAUGCGUGAUGCUUCUUGGGGAAUAUCGUUUCGUUUUUCUGAUAACGGGAUGAAGGCAAAGGAAAAGGAGACUUGGCUUGAUUGAUUUUACUUAGCUUUAUUUAUUUAUUUAUUUAUUUAUUUAUUUGUCUAAUGUAUUGAUAUUUUAGCCCGCAGACAGCCGCAGCUUACAGGCAGGUUCAACUGUCCCGAAUGCUUUCCCAAUCCCUCUGCUCUCAGCGCAUUGCAUGAAACAAUGUACGUUCAAAAUCGUUAAUUUGCGAUUUUUGAGGGCGCGGUCGAGCGGGUGAAAAACGGAAAAAGAACAAAAAAACGACAGCCUUCUGAUUAUCAGAGAGCGAAAAUGACUCCAUAACAAAAGAGCAAAAUAUUC